AUGACGUCCAUCCUCUCUGCUCUUCUCUGCUUCGGGCUGAGUCUGGACCAGAGGAUCCAAGUGCAGGCAGGAACCCUCCCCAAACCCACCCUCUGGGCUGAGCCAGGCCCUGUGAUCCCUUAUGGGAGCCCCGUGACCAUCUGGUGUCAGGGAACCCUGAAGGCUCAAGAGUACCGGCUGUAUGCAGAUGGCAGUCCUCGGUACUUGGGCAGACAGAAAUCGCUGGAGCCUGGAGACAUGGCCAAGUUCCUCAUUAGAGGAAAGUAUGCAGAGAGAUAUACCUGUAACUACCUCAGCCCCACGGGCUGGUCAGGACACAGUGACCCCCUGGAGCUGGUGGUGACAGGAUUCUACAGCAAACCCAGCCUCUCAGCCCUCCCCAGCCCUGUCGUGACCUCAGGAGGGAACGUGACCCUCCAGUGUGGCUCAUGGGAGGGAUUUGACAGGUUCCUCCUGACUAAGGAAGGAGAUCACAGGCUCUCCUGGACCCUGGACUCACAGCCACAGCCCAGUGGGCAGUCCCAGGCCCUGUUCCCUGUGGGCCCCGUGACCCCCAGCCACAGGUGGACGUUCAGAUGCUAUGGCAAUUUUGGGAAGAAUCCCCAGGAGUGGUCUGACCCUAGUGACCCCCUGGAUCUACUGGUCUCAGGGACCCUUCCAAAGCCCACCAUCUGGGCUGAUCCAGGCCCUGUGAUCCACUGGGGUAACCCCGUGACCAUGUGGUGUCAGUGGACCCUGAAGGCCAAAGAGUACCGACUGGAUAAAGAGGGAGUGCCCUGGAGCAGAGGGAAUUCCUUGGAGCCUGGAGACAAGGCAAAGUUCUCCAUCGCACAAAUGACAAAGCCUGAUGCAGGGAACUAUCGCUGUGUCUAUAUCAGCCCUGAGGGCUGGUCAGAGAGCAGUGACCCCCUGGAGCUGGUGGUGACAGGAGCCUACAGCAAACCCAGCCUCUCCGCCCUGCCCAGCCCUGUCGUGACCUCAGGAGGGAACGUGACCCUCCAGUGUGGUUCAGUGCAGGGGUUUAGCAGGUUCCUUCUGAUUAAGGAAGGAGAUCACAGGCACUCCUGGACCCUGGACUCACAGCCACAGCCCAGUGGGCAGUUCCAGGCCCUGUUCCCUGUGGGCCUCGUGACCCCCAUUCACAGGUGGAGGUUCAGAUGCUAUGGCUGCUACAGGGACAGUCCCCAGGUGUGGUCUCAUCCCAGUGAUGCCCUGGAGCUCCUGGUAUCAGGUGAGUCUGGGAAGCCCUCCCUCCUGAGCCAGCAGGGCCCCAUCGUGGCCUCUGGACAGAGCCUGACCCUCCAGUGUCGCUCUGAUGUCGGCUAUGACAGAUUCGCUCUGCACAAGGAGGGGGAACGGGACCUCCCCCAGAGCCUUGUCCUGCAGCCCCAGGCUGGGCUCUCUCAGGCCCACUUCCCCCUGGGCACUGUGAGCAGCUCCCACGGGGGCCGGUACCGAUGCUACGGUGGAUACAACCUCUCCUCUGAGUGGUCGGCCCCCAGUGACCCCCUGGACAUCCUGGUGGCAGGACAGCUGUCUGACACACCCUCCCUCUCGGUGCAGCCAGGCCCCAGGGUGGCCUCAGGAGAGAACGUGACCCUGCUGUGUCAGUCACAGAGCCAGAGGGACACGUUCCUUCUGGCCAAGGAGGGGGCAGCCGAUCCCCCCCUGCAUCUGAGAUCAGAGCACCGAGCUCAGCAGUUCCAGGCAGAGUUCUCCAUGAGUCCUGUGACGUCAGCCCAAUGGGGCACCUACAGGUGCUACAGCUCAAGCAGCACCUCACCCUACCUGCUGUCACACCCCAGUAAGCCCCUGGAGCUUCUGGUCUCAGUGACCUGUGGUGCUCCUGGUCUCUGCCUCUUGUUUUCUCUAGGGCCCCUCCCCAAACCCACCCUCUGGGCCGAGCCAGCCCAGGCGAUCCCUGAGGGAAGUUCCCUGACCAUCACCUGUCAGGGAACCCCAGGGGCUGAGGAGUACCGUCUGGAUAAAGAGGGAAGCCCAGCACCAUGGAAAAGAGAGAAGCCAACGAAGCCCGGAGACAAGGUGAUGUUCUCCAUCUCACACAUGACACAGCGUGAUGUUGGGAUAUUUCACUGCUACUAUGUCAGCCCGGUUGGCUGGUCAGAGCCCAGUGACCCCCUGGAGCUGGUGACAACAGGAUCCUACAGCAAACCCAGCCUCUCUGCCCUGCUCAGCCGUGUUGUGACCUCAGGAGGGAACGUGACCCUCCAGUGUGGCUCAGGGUAUGGAUAUCACAGGUUCAUUCUGACUAAGGAAGGAGAUCACAGGUUCUUCAGGGCCCUGGACUCACAGCCACAGCCCAGUGGGCAGUACCAGGCCCUGUUCCCUGUGGGCCCCGUUCUCCCCAGCCACAGGUGGACGUUCAGAUGCUAUGGCUGCUACAAGGACAGGCCUCAGCUGUGCUCACACCCCAGUGACGAUCUAGGGCUCCUGGUCUCAGGUGAGUCUGAGAAGCCCUCCCUCCUGAGCCAGAAGGGCCCCAUCGUGGCCUCUGGACAGAGCCUGACCCUCCAGUGUCGCUCUGAUGUCGGCUAUGACAGAUUCGCUCUGCACAAGGAGGGGGGACGGGACCUCCCCCAGAGCCUUGUCCUGCAGCCCCAGGCUGGGCUCUCUCAGGCCCUCUUCCCCCUGGGCACUGUGAGCAGCUCCCACGGGGGCCGGUACCGAUGCUACGGUGGAUACAACCUGUCCUCUGAGUGGUCGGCCCCCAGUGACCCCCUGGACAUCCUGGUGGCAGGACAGCUGUCUGACACACCCUCCCUCUCAGUGCAGCCAGGCCCCAGGGUGGCCUCAGGAGAGAACGUGACCCUGCUGUGCCAGUCACAGAGCCAGAGGGACACGUUCCUUCUGGCCAAGGAGGGAGCAGCCGAUCCCCCCCUUCGUCUGAGAUCAGAGCACCGAGCUCAGCAGUUCCAGGCAGAGUUCUCCAUGAGUCCUGUGAAGUCAGCCCAAUGGGGCACCUACAGGUGCUAUAGCUCAAGCAGCACCUCGCCCUACCUGCUGUCAUACCCCAGUAAGCCCCUGGAGCUUCUGGUCUCAGGGCCCCUCCCCAAACCCACCCUCUGGGCCGAGCCAGGCCCUGUCAUCCCCCAGGGGAGCCCUGUGACCAUCUCCUGUCAGGGGUCCCCAGGGGCUGAGGAGUACCGUCUGGAUAAAGAGGGAAGCCCAGCACCAUGGAAAAGAGAGAAGCCACUGAAGCUCGGAGACAAGGUGAUGUUCUCCAUCACACACAUGACAGAGCAUGAUGUUGGGAUAUUUCACUGCUACUAUCUCAGCGCUGAUGGCUGGUCAGAGUACAGUGACCCCCUGGAGUUGGUGGUGACAGGAUUGUAUAUCAAACCCAGCCUCUCAGCCCUGCCUAGCCCUGUCGUGACCUCAGGAGGGAACGUGACCCUCCAAUGUGGCUCAGUGUAUAGAUAUCGCAGGUUCCUUCUGACUAAAGAAGGAGAUCAGAGACUCUCCUGGUUCCUGGACUCACAGACACAGCCCAGUGGGCAGUACCAGGCCCUCUUCCCGGUGGGGCCCUUGACCGCAAGCCACAGGUGGAUUUUCAGAUGCUAUGGCUGCUACUACAACGACAAGCCCCUAGUGUGUUCACACCCCAGUGAUGCCUUAGGGCUCCUGGUCUCAGGUGAGUCUGGGAAGCCCUCCCUCCUGAGCCAGCAGGGCCCCAUCGUGGCCUCCGGACAGAGCCUGACCCUCCAGUGUCGCUCUGAUGUCGGCUAUGACAGAUUCGCUCUGCACAAGGAGGGGGGACGGGACCUCCCCCAGAGCCUUGUCCUGCAGCCCCAGGCUGGGCUCUCUCAGGCCCUCUUCCCCCUGGGCACUGUGAGCAGCUCCCACGGGGGCCGGUACAGAUGCUACGGUGGAUACAACCUGUCCUCUGAGUGGUCGGCCCCCAGUGACACCUUGGACAUCCUGGUGGCAGGACAGCUGUCUGACACACCCUCCCUCUCAGUGCAGCCAAGCCCCAGGGUGGCCUCAGGAGAGAAUGUGACCCUGCUGUGUCAGUCACAGAGCCAGAGGGACACGUUCCUUCUGGCCAAGGAGGGGGCAGCCGAUCCCCCCUCUCGUCUUCGAUCAGAGCUUCGAGCUCAGCAGUUCCAGGCAGAGUUCUCCAUGAGUCCUGUGACGUCAGCCCAAUGGGGCACCUACAGGUGUUACAGCUCAAGCAGCACCUCACCCUACCUGCUGUCACACCCCAGUAAGCCCCUGGAGCUUCUGGUCUCAGGACUCCCUGGGUCUCAAGCCCCCCACCCUCAGGGCCCAUGUCUGCAGCUCAGGAACCAUUGGGUCCUUCUUGCUCAGAAGGAGCACUGA